AUGUACAGGCUCAUAUUUGUCUUUGUUAUCGCGACGGUCGCGUGUCAGCAACAAGAAGGCGCCAAACGCGUUCCCAAGUACGCUGGUGAUCCGAGAACCGCCGCCAUUGUUCAAGAAGCGCGGUAUCUCAGUGGAAACGGUGCUUUCGGCUCAGCAUACCAACAGGAAGAUGGAAUUAACUUCAAAGAAGAAACUGACGCUGAUGGCAACCGUAGAGGCAGUUACUCCUACAUCGACCCCACUGGACAAAAGAAGACGGUGAACUACAUAGCCGGCAAGAACGGUUUCCAAGCUGUCGGCGACCACAUCCCAACUGCCCCAUUAGGAGCGGCACCUACACCUGGAUACACCCCAGACCCUCGUUACCAGGCACCUGAAUACCAAUCUAACCAAUACAGUGCUCCUCAACAGUACUCAGCGCCUAAGAAAUACUCAGCCCCCCGCAGCUACAACGCACAACCAAGUGUUGAUGACGGUCAGUACCACCCUGAGUUAUACGAACAAGGAAACGACGCCGCGCCCCAGCAACAGUACCAGCCACAACAGUACCAGCCCCAGCCACAACAGUAUCAAGCAGAGCCUCAAUACCAGCCUCAAUCUCAACCUCAAUCUCAGUACCCAGUGAACAACAUAUACCCUGGCACACGGCAGGCUCAGUACAGCGGUGUUCAAUCGCAGCAGUACAACGCACCUCAACAAAGAGAACAGUACUAUGAGCCCACAACUCCCACUCCAACUAGAUUCUUUCCUCCGGGCAAGUUCAGUCUGAACAGAGCACCUGACGGCUACACUUACUCAUUCCACAAAGUUUAA